GGAACUACAAUGAUCAACAUUGCGUUCACUAGCGUUUGCUACUAUCGACUGACUAGAGUGAUAAAGGUCAUGAUAAACACGAUAAAUGAAACGUAAAGUACAUCGCAUUCGCGGUUACCGCAUACUAUAAGUGCGUGUUUGAGUGCGUAUUCGCAAGGGAUUCGCUUUAAAAAUAAAGAAUCGACCAUAUAUAUAGCUGGAACAGCGCUCGCGACAGCGCGAUUAUGUGCAUGUGGCUCUGAAAAUGAAUAUUGUUGAAUAUUGUUUGUAACAAAUAAGUGUAUAAUGUACAGCGUUUUUCUCCUGUUGCUUGUUUUGGCUCUGCGAACACAUGGAUUAACUUUGGGCGAUGUUCAAUGCACCUAUGUUUACACACUAAAGUAUCAUCAAAGUGCGGACUUUUAUAAUGUAGUCGAGUACAAUUCUUCAAUUAGCGAUUGCACCAUUGAAGACGUUCCUGAUAUUAUCGAUUUUGUUGUCGUACAGCAUGAAAGAAACAAGCCCAUGACUUCUUUGAAGAUAAACUUUACACUUCCUAAAAGAGAAUGUCGAUAUGGAGUAGCAUUGUUCGUUGAUUCUUCAGUGAAAGACGAAAGGGAAUGUGAAAACUAUGAAUUUGAAAAAGCCGGUAACAUUAAUUUACAAGUACAUACUGUUGAGAAGAACUUGUGUUUUCUCAGAAACAUGAAUGAACUUGUGAAAUAUAAUGAAAAUUCGAUCAGAUUCUUACAUGAGGAUAAUAUUGAUCUGUGGUUCAGCAAUAUCUUUACGGGAUGUUAUACAGUUCAGUUUCAUUUAGGUGGGCAGAAAUAUGUAACAGGCAACCAUGUAUUUAUAAAAACAUCUGAUCGAGACCUUGUUACGCAACCACAAGUUAUAUGCAAAUACGACACGUACUCAGAUAAAAGGCAUGAAAUAACAAGUUUUACAUUCGAUAUCUCACUAUUGGCAGAUGUAGGAAAAUUUCUUCAAGUAAGAUUCAUACCAAUAAGCUCAGACAAACCCUGUAUCUGGAAAGGAGAGUGGUUCGAACACAUCUGGAAUGUUAGCUUGAUAAACGAUGUAUCAAAGGAUAAUAAUAAUAACUGCAGUUUGAAGGAGGGUCGGAGACCAAGUGGAGAAUAUAUAAAGACUGUUCAAUGCAAUUUUCAAAUACAAAUUGCACUACCCACGGGUUAUUGUUCCGUAUUUGAAUUAGUUGACGAUCGAUGCAGUAAAAUCGUUUCAAGAUUAGAUACAGAACCGUGUAUCUGGAUAAAACGUUGCGUGAAUUCUUUUGAAAAUGCGCCGCACAUUGAUAACACCAAAGUGAUAGCAUCAAGUUCGUACCUAUUGUUGCCAAUUAUUGCCGUUCUACUGAUCGUAUCGACGAUAGCCGGAGCAGUAUGUUUUUUACGUUAUGUACGCAUACGAAAGGAAGAGGUCAACCUCUACGUGAACCCGCAGCACGACGACUUCUUGAAUCCCACUUGUCUCAAAUCUACGAACUUCGAUAUUGUCGACGGCAGCGAGAAGGGAGUCGAUCACGACAAUACUGCGUGCGAUGACAUCAUUCUUCUGUACACCAAAAGCUCAACAUCUUUUAUGACACUGAUGAAAGAUUUCCGAGAAACUCUCGCCAAAAUAUGCUCUUGUUCCGUGUACGACUGGCACGACGGAGCUGAAUGGAAUAACGUAGCGAAAGUUGGUGCUGUUUUGUGGUUCACUGAGUUAUUUAACAGCGGAUGUCGUGUUGUUUGGAUCGACACGCCGACCAGCAGAUCUGUCGUUAUGUCAAACUCGAGAGAAAGCAAUACGAAUGUAAAUAAGGUCAAUAAAUAUUAUGAAAUAGGUGAUUUUCGCGACGUAGCGUUUCCAGUGGUGCUUGAUUUAGCAAAACGUAAUACAAGAAACGUUAUACAUCAGUAUCGCAGGCAUUUCGUUGUGAGAUUCGGCGAUCUGGAAAACACGAGGAAUUUGAAUGAUCCGUUCCUUGAUCUUUCGCCUCACGCGCGAUAUCGUAUGCCACAACACCUUAUGCAAUUGUGUUCGGACUUGUCAGUAGUAAAACCAAUACUUUCCAAGUAUCAGAUGAAGGCGGAGCAAGAUCUUUUGCAGCAGCGAUUAGAAUCGUUAAUGUGAAAUUGUUGGCCGUGAAUUAUUAUACAAGAGAUAUCAGUGUUCUCGUAACUAACGAUACAAAUGAGAAAUGUUCUAUAUUUCUCAUUCUUUAUCGUCCAAAAUAUAUAUAACCGGUUUAUAUUGUUAUACUACUAAGUUGUAACAAUAUAACAACACUGCGCUCUAAUGAAAAAUUACGUCUCAUCCGUCCCGAUUAUGUCAGCGAUUUGUAUAAGUUGAUUUUUUUUUUGUACGGUAAUACCGAAUGUAAAGAAUUUACAUUCUGUUUCUUCUCAGGUUUAGUCAAUUGCGAACACUUGUUCGGUGCAAAUUUGCAUAAUAUGGCAAAAAAAGUAUAGUACGUAUAGUUUUUAAGUUUUUAAUUCUUAAAGUUUAUAUAUAUAUAGUUUAUGUGUGUAUAUUUAUCACACGUUGUGUGG